UGAAUUUUAUUACUCUCCAUUAGUAUUCUCUCCAGCUUCGGCCCAGGUUCUUUGUCCCACAAGCUAUCGUAUUCCCUCAACGCGUUUACUGGGACACGCUCCGACCGUUUCAUCAGCAGCCACUUCUCGGCGUUUGCUCGCGCCAUAAUGCAGGUCUUGCGCAACGCGCUCUUCCUCGCGUACGGCAACGCCAACUUCACUAGAAGCGCCUUUCUAAAGCGCGCCAAGUCGUUUGAAGAUGCGGAUGAGAAGGCAGCCGAAUCCGCAGGCGCUGUUGCUCCCGAGCCUGCAGCAGCGGCGGAUGCGCGGAGGCAGCGCGAUAUGGAGGGGCGCGUGUGCGUGGUGACGGGGGGCAAUCAGGGCAUAGGGCGCGCUGCUGCGACCGCCAUGGCGCAAAGAGGUGCUACUGUUCACAUUGUGUGUCGUAACGAGGCCAGGGGGGCGGCUGCAGCCUCCGAGAUUGCCGCCCAAACAGGAAACGACCAGGUGUUUCUUCAGGUGUGCGACCUCUCGUCUCUCGCCCAGAUCCGGGCACUCGUGACCCGCCUUGUGUCCCUCGACUCGCCAGUUCACGUGCUGGUGAACAACGCCGGAGUGAUGGAGCACGAGAGGAAGACAUCGCCCGAUGGCUUCGAGCUCAACUUUGCAGUGAACGUCCUCGGAACAUUCGUUCUGACCGAAGCCCUGCUGCCCCUGCUGCAGCGGGCAGCCCCCGAAGCAAAAGUCAUCACAGUGGCCACUGGGGGUAUUCUCACUCAACCGCUCAGCACCGAUCUGCAAAUGGAAAACGCCAAUUUUGAUGGAACAGACGCGUAUGCACGCAACAAGCGAGUGCAGGUGGCUCUUACAGAGAAGUGGGCCGAGCUAUAUGGGGUACAGGCAGGAGGGGUGGGGUUCUACUCCAUGCAUCCUGGAUGGGUGGACACGGCCGUGCUUCAAACCAGCAUGCCGGGAUUCUACAACACGUUCAAGACUUCCUUGAGAAAACCUGAGGAGGGAGCAGACACCAUAGUAUGGCUGGCGAGGCAACCUGAGUCAAAGCUGGUCAACGGAAGUUUCUACUUUGACCGGCAGGUUGCUUCCAAGCACCUUCCGCUGGCUGGCACGGAGCAUAAGAAAGAAGAUGUGGAUGAAAUCUACACCAAGCUGAAGCACCUAGCUGAGGUCUCGACUGAGAAGGAACAGUAACAUUGACAGUUGCGUCUUUUCUGUUUUGGCUUUCUAGCAGCUCUUUGUAUGUUGUAUAAAUAAUUAUUCUCACGAUAAAUUGCUUCAUAUGCUUAUGCAUUCCAUAUAGUGCAUUGCAUUCU